AUGUGGAAGCGGCUCCGUAACGGCAGCUCUCGCUCUUCUUCGAGCUCAUUAGUCUCGGUGGCUGACGCGCAACUCCGCGUUGCGCCUACCCCGACGCCAGUGGCCCAUGUGCGCUCCUCACAGAGCUCCCAAUCUAGCCAGCAAUCUGGCGAAGACCUACAUGAACUCCUUGCCUUCCACAAGUCUCUUGUGCAAGGCCUCGGCGAAGAUCUCCAGAAACGUUGCGCCGAACUUGACAAGGUUAAGAGUCAGAUCGAUGAACAACGAAUUGUAAUCGGACAUCUCUCGUCUCGGAAAACUGACUACAAGCGUAGGGUUGCCGAGCUCGAGACGCAGGUCAAGGAAGACAAAACACGGAUCGAUGAGCUUAUCAAGAGCGUCAAUAAUCUGCGCAAGUUUGAUGCUCAAACACAGGCUUCGGAUCACAUGGUGCCGCUGGGCGGCAUCGUCAAAAACGCACUGAUUGAGCAGCUCGAGAGCGACGUGGAGCGUCUCACGCAGCAGGUCUUCGAUCAUGACCACGAGAUGCAAGCCUUGGCCACUUCGCACGAGCACGAGGUGAGCGAGCUCCACGCGCACAUGGAAAGGCUUCGCAGCGAACUAAAGCACGAGCGGAGCGUUGUGGCAAAGUACACGUGGGACCUCCCUGAGAUGACUCGGAAAGGGCAGACUUCUGAAAUUGAGUUGCAGCAGCGGGUUCUCGAAGAGGCGCUGAACGAGCAAGGUAGGUUCGGCGAUGCAACUACGCGGGACGAGAAGCUUGCGCAGGCGCUGUCGUAUACGAAGGAGCUCCGCAAGAGCGGUCGCUUGCUUCAAGACGGCAAGGAGGUCGAGCUGCAUCAUCUGCAAACCCUCUGCGGUCUGGCGCAAGCACAGGCAGGGGACAUCGUGCGUCUGCGCGCUGCGAAUGCCGACCUUUUGGUCACCAACACAGGGCUGCAGGACAAAAUGGAUUCUAUCACACAGGCAAAGCCCUCAGGUGCCGACGUCUUUGCACCCUCGCAUCGCCGCAACGUCACCUGGGACUUGCCUCUGCGCAACAACGAGACUCUUGCUCAUGCUGAAUCUCACGUCCCAUCGAAGCUGCGGAAGCACUUUGCCAUUCACCUUCCCUCCCCGCGUCGAGAUACUGCCCAUCGCACAGCGCCCCUAUUUUCCCCCAUUAAUCCUCACAUCCCAGCUCUAGCAACGCCGACUACACCCUUCACGCCCUCCCUCGCCCACACGAUUGCGAAUUUGACACGCAGGCUCGACCACCUUCGCACCCAACUCGCAGCCGCCCAGUUGUCCCCUCAACGUUCAAAUCCCAAGGACACGAUUGUUCUGCAGCGCGAAUUCGCUGCCAUCCAUGCACGCUUGUUGUCUUCUGUGGGCGACAUCAACGGCACCCUAGGUAUGACUAGCGAGCAGAUUGCUCAGGUGGUAGAUCAGGUGCUGCAGCGUUUUACUGCGGUGCGCCAUGGCGACUUGGGCGAGCCGAAGGAGGAUAUGGCUACGCUUGAGAUUUGGGCAGAAGAGGAGCUGCAGCGUGCGAGGGAGAAGAAGGAGACCACCAAGGCCUGUGAUGUCCUGAGCAUGAAUAGCGAGCAGAUUGCCCCGACGGCCAAACAGGUGCAGAAGCGGUAUGACGCGAUGCGGCGGAAAAGCGACUUGGAUGACCCAAAGCAGGCGCCUGAGAAGGUUCUGUCUUCACCAACCCGUACUUCGGGGUUCAUUCGAGAUGGUAGGAUCGACAUUGCAGCGGUGGCGGACAGCAUAGUGGAACAGUAUCGUGCGGUGCGGGACAAUGGUUCCUCCUGGGGUACAGGGGUUGCGGAGAGUCUAAGCAGCCCGGAGGAGGGGCGUGUGCGUUCCGCUGAGCAUGUGCAGGCGGAGUCGUAUCUGUUUGGCGACAUCCCGAUGGUCUUUAGCGCCGUGGGAUAAGAGAGUGAGAGUCGUGCAUGCUAAUCUACAUGCCAGAGCAGCAUCUUUUUACCAGCGAAGAUGCCGCGUCGGACAAGAUUGCGAAGCAUAAUGCCAG